GGAAGUAGACUAGAGCCGGGAGUAUGCAGGAGGAAGUGGAGGUGCAGGGCAAAGCCGGGCCCGGUGGGAGGCUGGAUAUGAAUCACGGCUUCGUUCACCAUAUCCGGCGGAAUCAGAUCGCGAGGGAUGACUAUGACCGUGAAGUGAAGCAAGCCAAAGAGAAACAGAAGAAAAGGUAUACGCCAGGGCCUGCUCGCCCAAAGAAGCCCGAUCUGCAGGUCUAUCAUCCCCGCCAGAGAGCCACAGAAAAAGUACACACAGCCGGAGCCUUAAAAGAUGAACCCAAUGACAAUGGAACACAGCUUUUUUGCCUUGAUUUUGAAGCUGAUGGAGGAGAGGUCACUUCUGUUAUUGUGUAUGAGUCGUCCCAAGCCCAGCAGCACUUGCCCCCUGUAGAGUGUGUGAAGACUGAGAAGAGAGGGAGCGGAUUCCUUUGGUCACCUUGGCCAGGAAGAGAUGAUGAUGCGGAGCAGCUGGCCGCCAUGAUCUCUAAUCAGAACCAACUAGAGGGAGGCAUGAGAGAGGCCCUGAAACGACGGAUACAGGAGGAAAUCUCUAAGAGAAGAGUCCAACGCUGACUUCAUUCCCAUAAUGAGAAGCGUUUAUGUCCAGGCCAGACUGCUGCGUGUAUCCGUGUUCCUACGGAGUACCAACUGCUUUCUGGUUUCAUCCCACAGAAGAAAGCUGCGUGUAGAGGAAGUGUGUGUUUCUAGUGGAUGACAAAGUAUGGAGUGAGGAAUCGGGCACUAGACUCUCAGUUUAUCCAGGAACCUUUUACUUUCUGCAGUUUUCAAUAUGUGCUCCCAUUGUGAAUAUUGCUGGGAUCGGCAUGGGCUCUGACAUGGUGUAUUAUUAGUAAAGUAUUGGUAGAUCAGCAAUAAACCACACUCCCCACUGCAGGCUUUUGGGGUUGGGACAGCAAAUGCCUGAGGAGUAUAUAGCUAUGCCCCAACAGUCUCAGACUUACAGAGAAGAAUGUUGUUUACAAAAGGAAGGAGACAUAGUACUCUCCAUAUUAUCUGACGUACCAAUAAAGAGGGAACAUGUAGGGGGCGCUAACAGUGGCGCGGCCAGAAAGCUAGGGAAACAGCGUUUAGUCAUGUAAUCGACCCGUUGUCAUCUAAUCGGAAGUAUUUUGUUUAGAAUAGACCAGCAACAAAGCAAUGUAGAAUAAAUGUCCCUCCAAUGAGAUCCUUCCUCCAAUGUGAAUUUUCUAAAAUUGUUGUUUAAUGAAUAAAAGAAUAUUAUUGAAA